CUAGCUAUACUCCCUUUUGGAAAACAUUAAUUUUGGAGUAAUCCGGGCUCCUUAACUCGAAUUAACCGACUUUUUGUGCAGGUUCUAGGGCCAAUUCAAGCGAGAAAAAGUUAUCACCAAUUUAUUGGCUCUCUACCUCACAAACUGACUGGGGACCAACCCCUUAACAAAAUAUUGUGCCUAACGCCGUGCAACGGGUCUUUUGACCGCUGCACUUAGCUUUAGAAUAUAUUUAAAUAACAAAUUUUUAAAAAUAUAGACUUGGUUUAUUGCCACAAAUUUAUGACUUUUUAUUACAAUUAUACUUUAUGAUUAUUGCUAAUAUUGAUUUAUAUUUUAUUUGACUUAUCCCCCCUUUACAGGGAUUUAGCUUACCAUAUUUACCCUACCCCUGACAAUGUUCGGCAUGAGAACUCCAGUGGCGAAGAAGCUCAAGGCCAGAGUAGAGAGGUCGGAAUCGGGAAGUUCAACUGUGGCUGAGGCAGGACCAUCAGUCUGUCACAGUCCUGAAGAGCGGGAGGCUGAGAUAUUCAGUGAGGCCCGCACUCAGAAAACACCUUCACCUCAGCCAAAGUCCCCGAAAAGAUCUCCACCUAAGCUCAGGCCCAAAACAAUCCUCCCACAAGAGGCACGGCCUGAGCAAACAAUAAUCCUGUCAUCGCCACCUUCCCAAACAACGCAGCCAACUCGGUACAUGAACAGGAUGACCGAAGCCAAAGCCUGCCUCUCAAAAGUAAAAAUGCAGGUGGUGAGCUCUCGUAACUUAAAAAAGGAAAUCGCCUAUGAGAUCACCAAGGCAGCCGAGAGACUCUACCACCUCGUCAAGGAGGCAGGGGCAGAUAAGGAAACAAGUGCCGAGUUGGAGAAUGCAACGGAAUCCAUCCCACCUCAACAGACUCCUCGCCAGGAAUUUCCGACAGAGCUUGUGAAUCAGCUCAUGGAUUCACUCCAGAGCCACAACCGGGCCCUGGAGGACUGCAAACAGCACACGCAGGCUCUGUCGGAACAACUUAAGGAGGCGCCACGCUACGUGGCUGGCCAGGGACCGACGUUCGCAGAGAUCGCCGCAACCUCAAAAAUACAAUUCCGAGAGCCACUGCACUCGGUGAUCGUGUCAUCCACCAGCGAUCAAGACACCGGUGAAGUGGUCAUCGAGAAGCUGAGGACGGCGGUCGAUGCAAAAAAUGAGGGCACGAGGGUCGAACGGCUGAGGAAGGCAAGGGACCGGAAGGUAGUUGUGGGCUUUGGAUCCCGGGAGGAAAUGACUAGGGCGACGGAGAGGAUCAAGAGAGCGGGUAACCUGAUGGUGGAAGAAGUGAAGAACAAGGACCCGCUCAUAAUCAUCAAGGACGUCCUCUCCUGUCACUCGGACGAAGAGGUCAUCCAGGCAAUAAAAUGCCAAAAUCACCAUCUGAUUGGGGACGUACCUGCAGAGGAUGCUAGAAUGGGCAUCAAAUACCGUCGCAGGACGAGAAAUCCCCACACGUGCCACAUCAUUCUGCAGGUGUCCCCAGCGUUAUGGCAGAGGCUGACAUCGGCGGGAAGACUGCACAUCGACCUGCAGAGGGUACGUGUACUGGACCAGUCACCUCUGGUGCAGUGCACGCGCUGCCUGCGCUAUGGUCAUACCCGGAAGAUGUGCACGGAAACAGCCGAUGUCUGCAUUCAUUGCGGAGACCUCCACCUCCGAGCAGACUGCCCCUCCAGGCAAGCAGCCGAACCUCCCAAAUGCCGCAACUGCCUUCUGGCGAAAAUGCCCAAGGUCGAUCACAAUGCCUUCGACAGCGAGUGCCCCGUCCGGUUGAAGUGGGAUGCACUAUCCCGUCUGUCAGUCGCCUACUGUUAA